GCACAAUCUAUCACGCUUCCUUAUCCAACAAAGUGUUAAUCAAAACGUGAGUUCCAAAAAAACCAUGAAUUGAACCAGAUAACAAGUUGAAUUUAAACCGUGAUAACAAAUCUAAUCAUCGUUGGUUAAAUCGUAUAAAAGGCCCACAUAAAUUUUGUCAAAAUCAGUCUUUACCAGCAUGGAGAAGUUACUACUCCUGAUUGCCGUUGUGGCGGCCGUGGCCAGCGCAAAGUCGAUCGAUAUCGAUUCGUCCCAAGUUCAGCCGAUUGAGUCGAUCGGUAUCAAAUGGUCCCAGGUCCAGCCGAUCGAGGACUCCGACCAAUACUGGGUUCGUCUUCCGGCGGAGAUGCAGUACCUGCGGAAGCAGGAACCGGACCGUAGGAUUGUGAACGGCCAGGAAGCUACUCCGGGCCAAUUUCCGUACCAAGUUUACCUGGAAUUCCAAACAGAGAGUGGCGGUUCUUCAUGUGGCGGGUCAAUUAUUAACAGCAACAAUAUUUUAACUGCUGCUCACUGUGUCUGGCGUGCUACCCGAGGAAUUGCCAUCGUAGGACUUCACAAUCGCCGAAUUGAAGAGCCCACCCAGCAGAGAAUUCCAUUCAAGGCAGUUUAUUAUCAUGCGGAUUAUAACGAUGAUACUUUCAAAAACGACAUUGCUGUAGUGCGCCUAAGCAGCCACAUUACGUUCAACACCCGUGUUCAAGCUGUUCAACUUCCAGCUCCAGGAGACAAUCGUCAGUUCGCGGGCUUGACUGGUACCGUUUCCGGAUUUGGCGCACUUUGUUCAGGUUGUGAAGGACCAGAUGUACUCAGAUACGUUUCCAAUCCAAUCCUCACAAAUGCAGAAUGUUUGGCUACCUACCCAAAUCCGGAUGUAAUUCAUAAUAGUAACGUUUGUGUGUCUGUUGAAGGAGGACGUGAUUCUUGUCAAGGUGACUCCGGAGGUCCUUUGAAUGUUAUCGAUGGAGGAAGUUCUUUACAAGUCGGUAUUGUAUCAUUUGGGAUCGGUUGUGGAGAAGAAACUCCUGGAAUUUACGCUCGUGUGACUUACUAUAUGGACUGGAUUCUGCAUGUAAUGACGUUGUAAAUUUUAAAUCGGUUCUAAGAAGCAAAUAAAAGUUAAUAGCAACAGAGUAUCUCUUUACUCAUCAAAGUAAAUAUAAACAAAGACUUCAGAAUUCAUUUUUAUA